AUGGCAAACGACCAUUUUGACGUGGACGAGGUCGGCUUGGACUCGACGGCCGGCGAACACCGUGGAUGGAGCCCAAGCAGCACCACCCGGAGGCAGGCCAAGAUCGUCAAGAGCAUCUUGGCCGGCCAUCUGAGGAUGGAGCUGAUGACGGCCGGUGGCAGAGAGGCGUUCCUUGCAGAGCACGAGGCGUGCUUCGCGGGCGGCGACUACGGAUCCAUCCUCCACGCCGUGAUACGGGAGUACUACGACACGUACGGGAGGAAUGAAGACAAGCUGAAACGGCUCAAGCCUCUGCUGCGGCUGGUCCUAGGCAAGUACCCCUCGCUCCUCGACUCGCAAAACCCCAUGGGCGAGACGACGCUUCAGUUCGCCAUCCGGAAGCGGCUGAGCCAGAUGACCAGGCUCCUGUGUAGCUGCGCACCGGCCCGCGCCGUCGCCGCACUGGAAGCUUGUGGUGUCGGAGGCAGGACGUGCCUGCACGCGGCUAUACACCACGAGCUGGACUUGGAUGCCAUCCAUCAUGUCCUGUCCAUCUGCAGGCCCGCGCUGCUCGUCUGUGCCGACGACGCCGGCGACACGCCGCUCCAUCUGGCGGUGAGGUAUCCGGACAUGAGGCCACGAGCCAGAGCACGUCCCGUCGACGAGAGUCCCGGGGCCAUCAAGGACGAGAGAACACCCGCGGCCUCUCAACACGCCCUGCGAGGGACGCCCCGGGCAUGGCCGGGUGCGACUCGUCCCUCGGCGAGAGACUGCCAGGACGAGACGGGCAGCGGCGAUGUGUUGCUGGGCUUCAUGCAGCGGAUUCUGCCCGCCAUCAUCUCCGACCAGCCUUACAGCUCGACGCACGUGCUCGACCUCGUCAAGGAUCUCGUGCAGCGAAACGACGCGGCCCUGGGUGUGAAGAACCACCACGGUCGGACGCCGUAUCUCGAGCGAGUCCACCAGACGAACAGGUUCGGCGUGCGGAAGACGCCCGAAGCCGCCCACGACAGGCCCAAGGAGAUCUGGAGCGCGGCGGAUUCACGGCCACCAUCCGAGCCGGUCGACAGCACCGCCCGAUACAUGCUAGAGUACUGCGUACGCGAGUUUUCUCCAGAAAAAGCCUCUGCCUGUCUCUACGAGCCGGGGCAAGAACGGCACGUCACCUUUGACCUCAGCACACUGUCUCAACGUUCCAUCACAACCGACUACCUCCGCCGGCUGUCCAUGCACGUCCGGCUCGAGAGCGUUUUGAAAUACGUGGCUCUGCCACGGCUGAGGGUCGACACGGCGCUGGACCCCGGCGACUCGAGAACCUCGUCGUGUUUCGGCGACGAGGGCGCGGGCUCACGCGGCCGGUCCGACCUCCUCCUCGUCUUCGAGUGGCUGCGGCGCCAGGGCGUCGGGCGCAUCUUCAAGGUGAGCGUCGAGGACGACCAGGACCCUCCCCAUUCCGACGCCGCCAUCGAGGCGGCCCUGCGAGGCUUCGACGUCGAGAUCUGGGACUGGAAGCGGCCAGACCUGAGCGCCGACGUCAUUUGCAACUCUACCGCCAAGGCCAGCGAGAUCUUCCUCUACUCGAGCGGCAACAACGCCGUCCUGGCCGGCUGGGCGAGCCCGCACACGCUCUCGGACCGGUGCAAGUUUCCCGAGCUGCGCAGGAUACACCUCUUUGUGCAAAAGGCACGGCGACAAGGAUGGGAAGACGCGGGCCGACUGGCGGCGUACACGGAGCACUUCAAGGCGAGCGUCGCGAGACAGACAAACAACCGCGUCCAGAUAAGCCAGUAUGCUUGGGACGCGCGCGUCUCGAGCGCAGGCGCAGCCGGGAGCACGAGCGACGUGGCCCCCCCCAGCAUUUCCUGGCACGACUGCGUGUCCAGCCUGGCCAAGCUGCUGAGAACAGUGGCGCGGUCCAGGAGGAAGGGCGCCGUCAAGAUCGCCAUCCUCGACGACGGCGUGGACCUGCUGUGCGAGGGCCUGAACGUGUCCAUCGGCGACGGGGCGUCGUUCGACGGCCCCGAGGCGACGAGCAGCCCGUGGUUCAUCUCGUCGAGCCCAGGCAGCCGCGGGACCUGCAUGGCUGCCGUGGUGGGCAACCUGUGCCCCGAGUCGCAGCUGUACAUUGCCAAGAUCACCGCGGCGGGAGACGGGAACGGGGACAAGGUGGCCUCGGCCGCGUCGGCCGCGAGGGCCAUCGAGUGGGCAAUGAGCCGCCGCGUCGACGACGGCGGCGUCAUCAUGUUCACGGCGGCCCCCGACGCCGACGACCCCCGCGCCGAGCUUGCCUGUCCCAUCCGCUCGCAGAGGUGCAUCACCAUCGGGGCCUGCGACGACGCCGGCGCGCCGCUGUGGCCGCAGGCGCGCGGCUCGGCCAUGGCCAACUUUUUCGUGCCGGGCAAGGACGUCGCCGUCCCGGGCGCCGGUGCCGGGAGGCGGGCCACCGUCUCCGGGAGCGCCUUCGCCGCCGCCGCCGCCUGCGCGCUCGCGGGCGUCCUCAUCCUGUGCCUGCGCUGCAUCAACUGGCCCGUCGACGCGAGGCUCGUGCGUCGCGCCUUCAAGGCCCUCGCCGGCGACGGCAAGUUCGUCCGGGUGCACGACUUUCUGCACCGCCGCCUCGGCAUGCACCUUGAGCGGGCGCGCAGGGGUGCCGUCGCGGCCCCGGGCCCGGACCCGCCGCGCCAGGCUGGCCGUCUUGAUCUCUCUGCCUCGGCGUGGGACAGAGGCUGCGUCGAAGCCGCGCUGAGGGCCAUGUUUGAGCACCUGCUCGUGUCGCGGCCUGAUGCGGAACCGACCCCGUCGAGGCUCGACGGGCAUGCAGGGUGA